UUGGUUAGAGCGUCGUGCUAAUAACGCGAAGGUCGUGGGUUCGAUCCCCCCAUGGGCCAGUUUUUUUUUUUCAGAAAUAUAAAAGUUUUUGUUUACAUGUUUGUUCUAAGUUUACUUGAGAAACUUAAAGCAGUCACAUACACUUACGCAAUUGCUUAUCAGUUGGUUAAUAAUGUAAAUAUAAUGUAUGUACGCGUCCACAUAACCUUUGAUAAAGGUUAGCGAUUAUAUAUUUACAUUGCGUGUAUUUGUUCCCCUGCUCACGAUUGGAAUGAGUAAAAAGGAGGCAUGAGGCGGAUUCAGUACAAGUUGUUCUAACAUAAUAUUAACAUGUAUCGAAUAACAAGCACAAAAGCAUCAAUUUUACAAUGCCGCACAAUAAUAUUGUGCAUACACAACUUGCACACCUCAGAAACUUUGUCUAAUAGAUUCAAUAAGAUUUUGAUCGCUAACAGAGGAGAGAUAGUAUGUCGCAUUGUAAAAACUGCCAAAAAGUUAGGAAUAAAGACUGUAGGCAUAUAUAGCGAAGCAGACAAAAAUUCUAUGCAUGUAGAACAAGUAGAUGAAGCAUAUUGUGUCGGUCCAGCACCUUCCAAUCAAAGUUAUUUGAGGCAGGAUAAAAUUUUAUCUAUAGCGAAAAAGUCAAAAUGCCAGGCAAUACACCCUGGUUAUGGAUUCCUUUCAGAAAAUGCUGAAUUUGCAGAGCUCUGUGAAAAAGAGAAUUUAACAUUUAUUGGCCCUCCGGCAAGUGCAAUUAAAAAUAUGGGUAUUAAAAGCACUUCAAAAAUGAUAAUGCUUGAAGCUGGAGUUCCUGUUAUAGCAGGAUAUCAUGGAGAUAAUCAGUCCGAUGAAGUUUUGUUACUAGAAGCGAGAAAAAUAGGUUUUCCGCUUAUGAUUAAGGCUGUACGCGGUGGAGGAGGAAAAGGAAUGAGAAUUGUUUUAGAAGAAUCAGAUUUUUCUGAAGCGUUAGAAGGCGCGAGAACCGAAUCCGAUAAAGCAUUUGGAGACUCGACGGUGUUACUCGAACAAUAUAUCAGCGAACCAAGGCACAUCGAAGUACAAGUUUUUGCAGAUAAACACGGAAAUGUUGUUCAUAUGUUUGAAAGGGAUUGUUCCGUUCAGCGGAGACAUCAAAAGAUUAUCGAGGAAGCACCAGCACCCGGUAUUUCAGCAGAUUUAAGGACCGAUUUAGGCGAAACAGCAGUUCGAGCAGCAAAAGCAGUAGGUUACGUUGGUGCUGGUACCGUGGAAUUUAUAAUGGAUCGUCAACGAAAUAGUUUUCAUUUCAUGGAAAUGAAUACUCGUCUUCAAGUAGAACAUCCUAUCACUGAAGCAAUUACAGGAUUGGAUUUGGUUGAAUGGCAAUUGAGUGUAGCGGCGGGAAAAGAACUUCCAUUAUGUCAGACAGAAAUUAAUCUUCAGGGACAUGCUUUUGAAGCUAGAAUUUACGCGGAGAAUCCAAGGAAAGAUUUUCUACCAGGAGCUGGAAACUUAACGUAUAUGAGGAUUCCAGAGGCUACGACAAGAACGGUCAGAAUUGAACGCGGAGUUCGCGAAAAAGAUGAAGUAUCCAUACACUAUGAUCCGAUGAUUGCAAAACUGAUUGUUUGGGGAAAGGAUCGGGAAGAAGCACUGGCUAUGCUCAGAUCGAAUCUAAACGACUAUAAUAUAGCCGGACUCGAUACCAAUAUAGAGUUUCUCAAGGACUUAUGUUCUAAUCCUAGUUUUUGUCUUGGUCAUGUACAUACUGGAUUUAUAAAAGAACAUUAUCAAGAAUUAUUUCCCAAAUUACAUGUACCAAGUGAAGUUGCGGCACAGGCUGCGCUUGCAUGGAUACUUUACGAAGAUACAAAUUCUUUGCGAUCGUCUGUUACGAGUGUUGACCCGUUUAGUCCCUUUGCAACAGAAACCGGAUUGAGGCUAAAUCACAGUCAAUAUCGUACAUUUAACUUUAAAGUUUAUGGCGAGGACAUUGACGUUGAAGUAAAAUACGUUGAACCUGAAGUUUACUCUAUGAGAAUUAAUAAAAUUGGGCGUUGGAGAACAGUAACCGGUGUUCUAAAGAAAAAAGAAAAUUCGUUAGAAUUACAUACCGAAAUCGAUGAAAUGACCAUCAAAUCAAAAAUAAUUAAAAUCCGCAACAAAUUAUACUUGUUCACAAAAGAUCGAGAAUGGCAAUUCAGUACACUUCCCAUGAAAUUUCUUUCUCGUCUUUCGAGUAAUGAAUCUACAGAGGAUCCACACAAAGCUGUGAGUCCAAUGCCUGGUUUUAUACAGAAACUAUUUGUCGCGAAAGGAGACGUUAUAAAGAUGGGCGACGCUUUGCUAGUCAUUAACGCUAUGAAGAUGGAACAUAUUAUCAGAGCCUCCAUCGAUGGAAUUGUUGAGAAUGUAUCAUGUUCAGUAGGUGAUACUGUAAGCAAAAAUAAGAUUCUCGUAACAAUAGCUGAACCUAGUUCUCAAAAUUUAAAGACUACAACCUAAUUUAUAUUGUUAUGUAUUUUUAUCCCCUAUAUGUAUACAACGCUUUAAUCAGAUGAAUAUAUAAAUGUAUAAAUUUUGAUGCGAGAUAUGUCAUGUUUGUGUAUAUACGUACGUGCGUAUGCGUAGAUGAAUGUAUGAACAUACUUUUAUGAAAAUAUAUUUUUAUAUAUUUUGGUACAUUGAAUAAAAAUUGUUUAAAUAAAUGAA